AGGAUGAAAUUUUCUAUGGGCAGAGCGCGAACACACCGCGGGAUGCGUGUGUUUUCUCUGUACCAUGCAUCAUUUAAUCCAGAGAUAAGGUUUUAAACAGAACAUUACCCUCACUUUUUAUUUUUAUCGGAAGCUCUCGGGGUAUAUUUCUCCCUCCUGUCUUGAGUCUGCCGCGAAGCUGUUGUCAGACAGGCCGAAGAUUGGAUUCUGUUGCUGGGAGGAGACCACACAGACUCCCCUCCCUGUUAGCAUUAUUAUUAGCUGGCUACGAUGCAUGUCUGCGGCUGCUGUCAUUCCCACACAGCAGACCGCUUUAUAACGAAGCAGGUCUCUGCUUGAUUGGUUGUGCUACCCUGUUGGAAGUAAAGGGUGAUUCGGAAAUACGCAGCACCUUUCAAGAUGGAUGUUGACCUGUGCGCCGGUGGGGACGGUACCAGGAAAAAAGCAGAGUUACCUGGAGCCGUGGACGGGACAAUGGAUGUUGUUCCUUUGGAGAUGUACGACUCUGCCAGGGCGAAAAUAUCUGCUAACCUGCGGUGGCUUUUUGCCAAAGCCUAUGGUAUUGACCAUAUUCCAGAGGAUCUGAGGGACCCGUUCUAUACAGACCAGUAUGACCAGGAGCACAUCAAGCCACCGGUCAUUCAUCUGCUUCUUUCCUGUGAGCUUUACUGCCGUGUGUGCGCCCUCAUCCUCAAGACUGAGCAGGCCGCAUCUCUUCAGUCUCACCUGUCAGUCAUCCAAGCUCUGUCCAGAAAGGGUAUUUAUGUCAUAGAGAGUGACGACGCGCCUGUCACAGACGAGGACCUGGCCUGUAUUCCUAUAAAAAUGAGUGCUCACAUUUCAAUGAUCGAUGCUCUCAUGAUGGCGUACACCGUGGAGAUGAUCAGCAUCGAGAAAGUGGUGGCCUCUGUCAAGCGCUUCUCUACCUUCAGUGCCUCUAAGGAGCUGCCCUUUGACCUGGAGGACGCCAUGGUCUUCUGGAUCAACAAGGUGAAUAUGAAAAUGAGGGAGAUGAUGGAGAGGGAGCACAAAGUCAAGCAUCACCCCCUGGAGUCCCCCAGCCACCAAAAGUCUCCCUCCAAAUGGUAUUGGAAGCUAGUCCCUGUCCGGUACCGCCGAGAGCAUGCGUCCGGUCGCCAGCUGCCCUUCUUCCCCCUGCUGGAGGACCUCAUGAGGGACGUUUGUGAUGGAGCUGCACUGCUCGCAGUGGUUCAUUUCUACUGCCCUGAUAUCAUGAAGCUAGAAGAUAUUUGCCUGAAGGAAGUUCCCUCCAUCGCUGAUAGUCUGUACAACAUCCAGCUGCUGAGAGAGUUUGCCAGCGAAUAUCUGAAUAAAAGCUGCUAUCUGACGAUGGAGGACAUGCUCUAUUCACCGCUUGUUCUCAAGCACAACGUCAUGGUGUUCAUCGCUGAACUGUUCUGGUGGUUUGAGACGGUCAAACCAGAGUUUGUUCAACCCAGAGACCUUCAAGAGUUUAAAGAUGCUCGAGCCAUAGCUCAUCCCAAGAGUGCCCGCCCAUCAGUGCCCAUCUCUAACGCCACCAAGCGCAGCUUUCUGACCAGUCCUGGCGUGGCAGAGAACCAGAGCAGCCCUGAAGUCUGUAACAGGUACUUCCUGCACCCUGAAGGCUCUGACCCUCUUAAAGGGGGUCCCACCUUCAGUCCCUCACACCCACUGCUCCCUCUCAGGCAGAGACAACAGAAGCAGCAAGGUGAUGACAGCGGAGGUCCAAGAAACCGGUCCAACUCCCUGACACAGAUGGACAAACAACAACUCAGAGGAUCUGCUGCAACGUGGACCGACAAAAGGCAAAGACCCCUGUCUACGCUCAGCCCCUUCAUGCUCCACUCAGCCACUGACAGCGACGCAGACGUGGCCUCUGGUGAUAGUGUGAGUCUGGCUCGCUCAAUUAGUAAGGACAGCCUGGCGUCCAACAUCACCAACAUCACGCCCAAACAUCAGGGCGCCGUCCAGCAGUCGUCAAUCGCUGCCAUGAGAAGAAUCAACGGCCACAAUCUUCUGAGUAAUGUCAACAUGGAGGACGGGGAAGAAACUUUAGUUGUUUCCAGGACUGAUGCCUCCACCAUCCCAAAACGGGUGGAUACAGCAGGAGCAGGAGCCAAAGCUGCUUCUGAGGGCUUUUACCUGGAACCACUGAUGCCUGCUGUCCUGAAAACAGCUAAGGAGAAGUCUGUCUGCCUGAACAAAGAGGAGGAGAGUGGGGAGGGGCCUCGCUCAGCAGGUAGGGGCUCUUUACGCCGAGGAGAUGGACCUUCUGCCGCAGUCCGAAGAAAAGCCCCGUCUGAUCUCAGCCAGGUUUCUCCUCCAGGCAAGGAAGACAUUCUGCCAGAGGAGCAGCGGCAGUCUGAUUUCAGACCAGUCCUCACCAGCAGAGAAACGGCUGAAGGUUUCUACCUCCAUUCAGAUUCUGAGGAACCAAAGAAUAUCAAUGGCCCAGAGGCUGAGCUAGGAGACCUGGAUGAGGAGGAAGAAGAUCUGGAUGAAGCUCUGACCACUAAAGACUCGAACCAUCCGAGGAAAGCUUACAGCGACGCUGAUGAAGAAGAAUCAGCCAAGCUCCAGGAGGACCUGAAUGUUAAAGAACAUGAAGACAAGGACUUCAAUGGAGGCAGUGGACGCUCCAGCCCCUGCCUCAGCACACACUCCCAAGCUAGUAGCAUGGCUAGCGGCAGCGUGCGCAUGACAUCCUUCGCUGAGCGUAAAGCUCAGCAGCAGCGCUUCGGCAGCAAUCACGACCUGCGCUCCAGUGCCUCCAGCUCUCAGAGGACCACUCCAGACGGAUCAGAGAGCAGCGGGCCCCUGUCCAAUUCCUGGAGAAUCAAGAGAGAUCAGAGCCCGUCGUCUCCCUCAGGGGGAUGCUCUCGCCCGGGUGAGGGUGGUACAAAUGUGCUGGCCUCUGAAAUCGUUCAGCUCCGGAUGCAGCUAGAGGAGAAGCGCCGCGCCAUCGAGCACCAGAAGAAGAAGAUGGAGGUGCUGGCAGCGCGGCAGAGGCAGAAGCUGGGGAAAGCAGCCUUUCUGCACAUCGUUAAGAAAGGUGGAGGAAGAAGCGACACGUUACCCAGCUCACUAAAAGCCGACAUCUGUAAAGACGAGCUGAAUGGGGAGAAAGGACCCUUAAGUAAAGACGAUAUGUGUGUUGAUACCCUGCGGGGGGAGAAGGAGGGGGAGGGCACGGGCCCUCCAGGUGCCUUAGAAGCAGACAAGAAGGGAAACGGUGGAAGCUUUUAUCUAGAUGAAGAGUUGGACCUGAACGAGUGCAGCCGCUCCAUCGAGCUGCUGAACGAGGCCAUCGGCAGCAUCCAGCAGCAGAUGAUGCAGCUGUCACUGCAGCAGGAGAUGCUGAUGAAACAGAAUGUACAAUCCCCAGCUGGUGCCGCUCCACCACCUCCUCCUCACACAGGGGAUAAGAAUGGAGACUCAAAGGCAGGAGGAGGCUUUCACUUUGUGGAGCACCUCUCUGGGACCAGCAGCGCUCCAACCAGGAAACCCCCCAAGCUAAGCUCGGGCCGGAGCUCCAGGUCAAAGCCCUCUGAGUUAAAGUUUGCUAAGGACCAGAGCCGACAGGCCCCCAGGACCCCCACGCCUUCUCAAGGGGGAUCCGAGACAUUCCCAAACCCACGGCAGUUAGCAGGGGGCAGGUCCCCUAGAGCUGAGCAGCCCGGCAGCCCCAAAAGACCCACACCCGCAGAGAUCAUGGACAGACCGGGAUCCGGGCACAUCAGGAGCGCCACCUUUCGCCUUCAUGACGAGGCCAACAUGCGCCUGCCGACCCGCGUAGACCUGACCUCUCUCUCUGCUCCAGAACUGUUGGACGAGUGCCUGCCUGGUUCGCAGAGAGAGGGAGAGCACAGAUCGCAAGGGAAAGAGGGCGUGUCUUCAGAAGAGGCGCAGCGCAGCAAAGCCCACCUCAUAGAGGUGGAUCUGUCUGAGCUGAAGGCCCCCGAGGAAGAGGAGGCAUCUGAGGACAGACAGAUGGAGGAUGGCGAUGGAGAGCAGAAGUCUGUCCUGGGCUUCUUCUUUAAGGAUGAGCAGAAAGCCGAAGACGAACUUGCUAAGAAGCGGGCGGCAUUCCUGCUGAAACAACAGAAGAAAGCUGAAGAGGCGCGCAUCCGCAAACAGCAACUAGAGGCAGAGUCCGAACUAAAACGGGACGAAGCCAGACGAAAGGCCGAGGAGGAGCGUCUGCGUAAAGAGGAGGAGAAGACGCGAAGGGAGCUAAUAAAGCAGGAGUACCUGCGGAGGAAGCAGCAGGAGAUGUUAGAGGAGCAAGGCCUGGUGAAACCCAAAACACCCAAACCCAAGCAGAAACACAAACACAAGGCAGUCAUCAGAGAGGAAUCCAGUGAUCAUUUCUCCAAGUGCUCUUCCACACCUGACAACCUGAGCAACGCCCAGUCAGGCUCCAAUCUGUCUCUGGCCUCUGCAGCUACAAACGAAGCCGACAGCGUCAACUCCGGAGGAGCCGGCUCUCAGCGCUGUGACUCAGUGGAGUCGUUUCCAGGCAGUCGUAACAACAGCCGAGCCGCAGAGAGAGACUGGGACAACGGCUCCACUGCAUCCUCCAUCACCUCCAUGGCAGAAUACACUGGUCCUAAACUAUUCAAGGAGCCGAGUGCCAAGUCAAAUAAGCCAAUCAUACAUAAUGCAAUCUCUCACUGCUGCCUGGCAGGGAAAGUCAACGAGCCCCAGAAGAACCAGAUCCUGGAGGAGCUGGAGAAAUGCGAAUCCAACCACCUGAUGAUCCUGUUUCGUGACGGCGGCUGCCAGUUCCGGGCGCUCUACUCGUACUUCCCUGACACCGAGGAGAUCCAUAAGCUGACGGGCACCGGACCCAAGAGCAUCAGCAAGAAGAUGAUCGACAAGCUGUACAAGUACAGCUCUGAUCGCAAACAGUUCACCGUCAUCCCUGCCAAGACGGUGUCAGUCAGCGUGGACGCCUUGACCAUCCACAACCACCUGUGGCAGGCCAAGAGAGGUGCUGUGCCAAAGAAAACGGGGAAAUAGACUGGUUUUAGAUCCAUCAUCCCGCCUCCCCGCCCAGCACAGUCUGAAUAUCUACUGUGAUGUCACAGUGAUAGCUUCAGGUUGAUGUUGGUUGUUAUGAAGCAAGCAUGUGGGAGAACCUCCAUUUUGACAUGAAAUAUUUCUUAGUUCAGCGCUGUCAUGGUUGAAACCUAAAACCUAACACCCUUCCUCUUCUGGAUAAUUCAGGCCUUAAGGUGGAGACAUUCGUUUGACCCGUUUAGGACCGUUUCUGAUUCUACAGGAAGCUGCACCGUCAGGCUGACAUCAGUGGUUUGCUGCUCAGAACCAUCUUCUUUCUGUCUGACGGGGAGGGCGGUUCUAACCGGUUCUCCUUCUAGUCACAUCCAUUUGCCUUUCUCAUACAUCAUGGUACUAUUAGGUGUUUUUAUUCCGCUGCUUUUUAACUGAUGGUGUAGCAGCGGGUUUGUGUGUCAGAAAUAAAAACGGCUCCGAUUAUUUUAAGGACCCUUUUAUUUGUUAAAACAUCCCGUUUUCUGUUUUCUGGAUGUUUUGAAGAAGGGGGGUUGUUGACAGGGCUUAAGAAAAUAAUGCUCUUUAUUUUGUUUGUUUUCUUUAGCUUUUUAAAAUAUUUUUGUCAUGGAAGCGUUGUUCCAGUUUACGAAGGCGUUAUGUGUUUUUAUCAUAACGGGAUUUCUCUGAUGUUUAGAGCUUUGUUGUUUUAUUUUCUCUCCACCGGGCACUCCUGAAUCAUCCUGUACAAAGGUGCACUCAUGAAUACUUGUCACGGCUUCUUUUCAUGCAAUGUAACUCCUCUGAGUAUUCGUGUCCCGUCUUUAUUCACACGGGCGGGGAGGACCCCCUCCUCGUUUCGAAGGGUGCUUCCUGCUCAGCUCCAGUGACAGUAUUUGAUAUCCUCUCGCAAAGGGUUUGUGGUUCAGUUGUGUUCCAACAUUAAAGAGCAUUCCUCCAAGGUGUUGACAAGCACUGCCACAUCGUCUCUUCUUCACUGUCUUGGCGAAACCGUUGAAAAUGCUUCUUCUUUUUGUUAAAUAAACCAUUCGUUGGCCUCGAGAACAACCGGAAGUGUCGCACAAGCACUUUACUAUCUGUCGGGUUGCAUUAGUUUGUCUUUUAAAAGGGCAUUGAAAUGACAAACUUGAUUGGUAACACUGCUGUUUGGGUAAAAAUCCAACACUAAAGAUUGAAUCCUGAUGACUACAAGCUGAAGGGCCUCCACUGAAGCGUUACUACUGCUGUCUCUCCAAAAGCCACUCGAUACUUGAUGAAUCGUUUGCUGCAUUUUGAUGUCUUUUGGGGGGCGGCCGCAAAGUGGUCUUUAAAUGUAUGAAAGUAUAUUUUUAUGUUAUAACUAAAAGAUUGUAUUGGCAUUUGAUCACCUUUUUUUUUGUUACACUAGUGUACUUUUCAUCCGUGUUUGAUUUUUACCUUUGAUCCCAUGUCAUCUA